CACAGCACGAGUUUGGGUGCAUUGACCAUUUGGGCACGAGAUAACUGGCCUGCCUUUACCGUUUGUGUGCGGCACUAAAGCAGUUUUUUUAGAAUCCGUUUACGUUACAAUACACGUGCACAACAUGUCAAACGAUUUAUCUCAGCUUAAGGUUGGCUUCAUCGGUGCAGGGAACAUGUCAUAUGGCAUAGUGAAGGGAAUUCUCAAAUCAGGUGGCAUCAACUCUGCACAUGUGACGGUGAGUGCCCCAUCAGCCAACAACUUUCCCAGGUUCCAGGAGAUGGGCGUGCAUGUUGUGCAUUCUAACAAUGAAGCUGUGUCGGGGUCACAGCUGGUGUUUUUGGCAGUGAAGCCGCAUCUCAUCCGAACCGUUGUCACUGAAGUGUUGCCACAUUUAACAGAGCGGCAUACCGUGGUGUCAGUGGCUGCAGGUGUCACUCUGGAGACUUUGGAGCAGCUGUUGCCCCCAGGAGUUGGCGUGGUGCGCCUCAUGCCGAACUUGCCCUGUGUGUUCCAGGAGGGGGCGCUGCUGUUCGCCAGGGGGUCCAGCGCCAAAGAGGAGACUGGCGCCCUGCUGAAGCACCUGCUGUCUGCCUGUGGCUCUGUGGAGGAAGGCCCUGAAAGCUGGAUAGACAUCCACACAGGUCUGAGUGGUAGUGGCGUGGCCUUUGUGUACCUAUUCGCGGAGGCAAUGGCAGAGGGGGCAGUGAAGAUGGGCAUGCCCAGCGCGCUGGCCCAGCGCAUCGCUGCACAGACCAUACUAGGUGCAGGCCGCGUGCUGAGGGACUCUGGGAAGCCACCCGCAGUGUUGAGGGGUGAGGUCUGCACACCAGGGGGGACAACAAUCUAUGGCCUGCAUGCCCUGGAGAAAGGGGGUGUGAGGUCAGCCACCAUGUCAGCCGUGGAGACCGCCACUGAGAGGGCACGAGAACUUGGCAGAAAAUAACAUCACUACCUAGAGGCUCUCAGUACCUAAAGGGAAUGUUUCUGCGGAGAUAUGCACAGCCGUUUUGGGUUUUUACUUGAUCAGAUACUAAUGUUUACCACCUGGAUGUUUUCUUUCUUUCUUUCUUUUCCGUGACUGGGGACAUUCAUUCCAAAGUCUUCACCAAAGCAUACAAGCAAAGGGGAAUGUUUUUGAAAAGCACUGUGCUGCUGUGUGAUGUCAGUAAAUGUUGAACUAAUAAAACAAACUAAAAGAAAAACUUGAACCCAAAGGAA